GGCGAUUGCUCUGGCCAGUCCUUUUGAAAGGACUGGGGUGGCCAGCAGGGACAGGCUAGAGGCCUGGAGCCGACGUCCUCUCGUUCCUCUUCUGGUCGGGUAUUUCCCGGUCCAUCCGUGCAGUCACCAUGGAUCUGAUUUUAAACCGAGCGGAUUAUUUACAGGUGGGCGUGACCUCUCAGAAGACUAUGAAGCUGCUUCCUUCCUCAAGACAUAGAGGUACACAAAAGGUGGUUAUUGGAGAUCAAGACGGGGUAGUUAUGUGCUUUGGUAUGAAGAAAGGAGAAGCAGGGGCAGUGUUCAAGACUUUACCAGGGCAGAAGAUUUCGAGGCUGGAACUAGGAGGGGUUCUUAACACACCUCAGGAGAAAAUUUUUAUUGCUGCAGGAUCUGAGAUUAGAGGCUUUACAAAGCGAGGAAAACAGUUCCUCUCUUUUGAAACAAACCUCACUGAGAGCAUUAAAGCUAUGUAUAUAUCUGGCUCUGACCUCUUUCUCAGUGCAAGUUAUAUCUAUAAUCAUUAUUGUGACUGCAAAGACCAGCAUUAUUACCUUUCUGGAGACAAAAUCAAUGAUGUCAUCUGCCUUCCAGUGGAAAGAAUACCUCGAAUUACACCAAUACUGGCCUGCCAGGACAGAGUGCUCAGAGUUUUACAGGGAUCUGAUGUAAUAUAUGAAACUGAAGUUCCUGGUCCACCUACUGUGUUAGCACUAUACAAUGGAAAUGGCGGUGACUCUGGAGAAGAUCUUUUGUUUGGAACAUCAGAUGGAAAACUUGGGCUUAUUCAGAUCACUCCAUCCAAACCUAUACACAAGUGGGAAAUUCGAAAUGGCAAAAAGAGGGGAGGUAUUUUGUGUAUCGACAGCUUUGAUAUUGUGGGUGAUGGGGUUAAAGAUUUACUUGUUGGGAGAGAUGAUGGAAUGGUGGAAGUAUAUGGUUUUGGUAAUUCAAAUGAGCCUAUUCUACGAUUUGAUCAG